CCUCACCGGCCGUGCCCGCCCGGGGCCGCGGUGCCGCUCUCACCUGCGCGGCGGCGGCUGCCUCUAUCUCCAUGGCGCGGGGCCGGGGCCGCGAGGGCCCGCACGGCGCGGCGGCUGCUGCUGGCCCGGCACCUCCCGCCGCUCCCCUCAGCGCUGUUUGGGGACGGGGCCGCGCCGGGACGGCGGCCGCCCCCGCGCUCCGCCCCGGCCCGGCCGCGCAGCCACUCAGCGCCUGCGGGACCCGCGGAGGCGGCGGCCUUCCCGGCAGGGGCGACGGCCGUGCUGGGCAUCUCAUCCGUGCUCACCGCUCCCGCGGCCCAGUGGCCGAGCCCUGCCUCUCCGUGCCCCUGGGCAGCUCCUGCUCCGGGUGUCCUCGGUGAGGGGAGGAGCGGCCCUGCUCCGGGCGAGGCCGGCAGACCAGCACUUCAUUUCUAAUGAGAAGGCAGUCAUCCAAAACCCAGUUUAAUGAAAAUGCUGCAUUGCACUGGAUUAUUCCUGCUGUACACUGCUGAGGAAUGAGGUGUAUGGCUUUGGGAGCUUCUGAAACAAAGUACCUGCAGUGCUUUUGUGACACUGCUAUUUUGUGUCAUCAGACAAUCUGGAAUACCUGGAAACACAGAUUUGUUUGGCUUAUCAUCCUACCCAGCUGUUCCUGGGAGCAUUUUGAUAACAGCCCUGGCAGUGUGCCUGGACUGGCCCAAGGCCUGGGCGUCGCUCCUGGCCCAGACAGGCUGCAGCUCCAGCGUCAGCUUGAAUUGAAGGGAUCUGACCUGUGGAUAAGUCCCUGCAGGAGCAGGACAACCUGAAGUGUCUGUGGCUGUGGAUAAGACCUUGUUGGAGCAGCAGCAUCUGUGGCCAUGGAUAUGUCCAUAGCACAGCAGGGAACACCUGCACUGUGACCAAGGAGGAAGGAUGAGCACUCUCACCCUUGGAUAGGUGAGCUGAUAAUACCAAGCAAAAAAGUAGGCCUGGAGUAGCCCUCAUGCUAUAAUUCAAUAUAUUCAGGACCUCUGUAAGUCUUAUUAGGUUACCAUGCAAACAAUGAAAAUGAGAACUUCUUGGAAUGAGAUUUUGCUGCAGUUCACACAGUAACUGCCUGCUCUGAACAGCUUUCAAGCCUCAGCUGGAUCCUGUGUCCCUGUGCUGGACCAGAAGGUCAGCACUCCAGAAGUCUCAGGGAUGCUUGUGCAGCUGGCUCUGAGUCUUGUUCCAACACUUGGGACAUUCUGAAGAAUCUUGGGAGCAAUGUACAAGUUCCCUCAAGAUCAUGAAAACCUAUUGUUUUAAGCAAGGGAAAGGACACUGUUCCACAUGAAAAGUGACCAAACCAAUGGCACCACGUGAAGGGAACCCUAGAAGUAGAAACACCUAGGUUUUUUGGAUGCAGCAGGACUGUCCUUCCAGUAGAAUGAAGAAGGUGAAAUGAGUUCACUGUGCACCUGCAAAGCAAGAACUUUUGAAGUGGAAUGGAUGGGGAUAUAAUGACUCCAAAUUCAUCUUCAAUAAGAAGGGUCAGGCAGAAUUCACAGGAAAAAGGUACAGAUUAGGUGGUAUGGUAUUACCAACUUUUAAGGAAUGGAUAGAAAAAACCUUUGGAGCAAGUCUGGAGCACAAAACUACCUCUAGAGCAUCCUUAAAUGUUAAUGAUGUACCUCCAUCCAUUGUAAAUGAAGAAUUUCUUCAGGAUCUUAGAGCCACUAAAAUCUCAUAUUCCCAGGAUGCAGAAGAUAGGGUAUUCAGAGCUCAUGGCCACUGCCUACACGAGAUAUUUGUACUCAGGGAAGGAAUGUUUAAGCGAAUUCCUGAUAUAGUUGUAUGGCCUGUUUGCCAUGAAGAUGUAGUUAAAAUUGUGGAAUUAGCCUGCAAACACAAUCUCUGCAUAAUACCAUUUGGUGGAGGGACAAGUGUCUCUAGUGCUCUUGAAUGUCCUGAAGAAGAAAAAAGAACAAUUGUCUCCCUAGAUACAUCACAAAUGAAUCGGAUUCUCUGGAUAGAUGAAAAAAACUUAACAGCUUGUGUAGAAGCUGGCAUUGUUGGACAAGAUCUGGAAAAACAGCUUGCUGAAAGUGGCUUCUGUACAGGCCAUGAACCAGACUCCAUGGAAUUCAGUUCACUAGGAGGCUGGGUAGCAACACGAGCAUCAGGCAUGAAAAAAAACAUCUAUGGAAACAUUGAAGAUCUGGUGAUUCAUAUAAAAAUGGUAACUCCUAGAGGAAUAGUAGAAAAAAACUGUCAAGUACCUCGCAUGUCAACAGGACCUGAUAUCCAUCACUUCAUUAUGGGAUCUGAAGGAACCCUUGGAGUGGUUACUGAAGUUACGAUAAAGAUUCGCCCGGUCCCUGAGUACCAGAAGUACGGCUCUGUGGUCUUUCCCAACUUUGAGCGAGGGGUGGCCUGCUUGAGGGAAGUGGCAAAGCAGAGAUGUGCUCCUGCAUCAAUUCGCCUUGUCGACAAUGCACAGUUUCAGUUUGGUCAUGCUCUUAAACCACAAGUUGCUUCCAUUUUUACAUCGUUUUUGGAUGGACUGAAAAAGUUCUACAUCACAAAGUUUAAAGGAUUUGAUCCCAAUAUACUGUGUGUAGCUACCUUGCUCUUUGAGGGUGACAGAGAGAAGGUUCUUCAGCAUGAGAAGCAAGUCUAUGAUAUUGCCACCAAGUUUGGUGGCUUGGCAGCAGGAGAAGAUAAUGGACAGAGAGGAUACAUGCUGACAUUUGUCAUCGCUUACCUUCGGGACCUAGGCCUGGAUUAUUACAUAAUAGGAGAAUCAUUUGAGACAUCUGUUCCUUGGGAUAGGGUUUUGGACCUUUGUAGAAAUGUAAAGGAAAGGAUAGUACGAGAAUGCAAAGAAAAGGGUGUUCAGUUUGCUCCUCUUUCCACCUGUAGGGUGACACAGACUUACGAUGCAGGUGCAUGUGUCUACUUCUACUUUGCCUUUAACUACAGAGGAAUUAGUGAUCCUAUUCAUGUCUAUGAGCAAAUUGAGAGGGCUGCUAGAGAAGAAAUACUUGCCAAUGGAGGAAGUCUUUCACAUCACCAUGGAGUAGGCAAAUUGCGGAAGCGCUGGAUGAAGGAGAGCAUCUCUGAUGUUGGCAUGGGAAUGCUGAGAUCUGUUAAAGAAUAUGUGGACCCCAAUAACAUCUUUGGAAACAAAAAUCUUUUAUAAAGCCCUCCACAAAUGAUGUACUAAAAAUUAAAAAUUACUGUUGAAAUUCCUCCACUUUCAUUGUAUUGAUAUCCCAGUAAUCAAAUAUAACAUAGACUAAACUUUCAAAACUAGUAACUUACAUUGAUUUUUGCUACUCCCUUCCCCCUUCCCCCAAUAAAGUGUAAACAUCACUGUUAAUGUUUAUGGACUUUUACUUAACAAUGUUCCAACCUACUGGGCAUAAAGUACUAACCAGGAAAUGCAAAUCUGGGUUUCCAAGUUGGGCUAGGCAGCACAGCUGACAGUAUUUUCAGUGCUGGAUACUGCCAGAUGUUUCUUACUUAAAGCAUCCCCCGCCAGGAGGACAAAGACUGACAACAGUGUUUUCUACAGAUGCAGCUGCACAGCCCAGCCUCUUGCUAAAGGAAAGCUGCUGAGACAGAUGAGAGAACACCAAGGAGUACCUCCCUGUACUGCAUUAAGUAUGUAACAGACUUGUAACCAGCAAAUACUUAUACUAUAAAUAUAGGCUUUCAUCAAAAGAGACAGUGUAAGUCAAACUACUAAAAAUUCAGUAGUCUCUCACUGUAAUACUACUGGAAAAUCUUACACAAUUGAGCUGUUCUGAGUUGUAUUUGCAUUGCUGGGAUAAUCUUAAAUUAAUUGUAGGUCAGUCACUAAGUUUUGUACAAUGGACAUUUCUCACUGUAUGUUGAAAACAGGUUUGUAACAAAAUUUUGUGUUCAUCUGUACUUCAGUCCUAGUGUGUAUGGGUUUUGUUCCCGUUGUUUGUUUUGCACAGAUGCAAAAUAUCUUUUUCAGUUACUCAGAUGAAACUGCCCAGCACUGUCUUUUGAAACAGUCACAACAGUUUAAUAAAACACUUAAAUGGACAACCUACUGUCAUCCUGGAAGUGAGAUUUCCCAUUUAAGUUUUGUACAGUUUCCUAUGGCCUUUAUGAAUCAUUUAUUUACUUCACAAGUAGCCACUAUUUUAACUGUCCAUGGAACUUUAUGAAAAUGAAAUAUUUUCUUGAUCAGUAUCAUGUGAGAGUAAGCAUUUUUACAUUGAAACUUGAAUCGUAAUCAGUAAAAUAAACAAAAUAUUUGUCAAUAUUCAUGAUCCAUUUUUAAGGUGGGUUCUUUCUUAAAGCAAAUUAUCCAACUUUUUGAUAAUUAAUGUAUAUGCAUAAGAUAGAAAAAAUACAGACUAUCCUUUGAGGACUCUCUCUAGUCAACUGCUUCACAUCUCUGUAGUGUCAGUUUGGACACCUUUUGUAUUGGUAGUGCCCUUAAUGAGGAGAAAAUUAUAAAUUGCAUUUUUGUUUUUAAACUAUUUUAGAAUACUCUCUAAUUAACUUUCAGUUUUAGUAAUAUACCAAAAAAAUAUAAAAUGCUUGAAAAGAUACUGCAUAUCAGACAACUCUGAACUUGUUCUAAGAUUAAUUUCAAUGCUACAGUUCAAAUGAUUGAAAAACAUGGACACUCAGACCAUAACUUUAAACUGCAUGCUGUCAAGGUAAUUGAAGAAAACUCUUUUAUGAUCUGCUGGUCAUAAGACUGAAUGUUCAUGUGAUAUUGUUAAUGCAGCUGGAAUUAUUUUGAAUGGUCUUUAUUUCACAACAUUUCAGUAUAAAAAUAUAUUAUUUUUCCUUGUCCCCGGGGUUGGUAUUUCAGCAGUAACCAAAACAGUGGGGGUAGUCUGUUGUGGGAAACGGAGCCUUUGCACUGUGGUUAAGUGUUCCUUAAGUGCACAGAGGUGUCUGGGGGAGUGGCUCUGUGCAAGGCUGUGCAGGGACUGCCUCACCUCAGCUGCUCUGCUCGUGGGGACUCCCUGGCCACGGCUGGCCUCUUGCUCAUGACUUGUGCCACUCCCUAGUGGAGACUUUUCUAGAAGCUGGUAAAUAUGAAGGGUGUUUAUGUGCCUCAAUGAAAGUUUAUGUAACUAUGAAGAAUUAAUUUUGAAGGAAAGCAUGUGAAGCUUUUAUGCAGAAUGACAGCACAGAGUAGAACACGUAGUUAUAGCUUAGUAAUACUGAUCUCUUAAGAUUUUGACUACAGUACAACACAGCUCUGCAACAUCCGUCUCAUUUUUUAAUUUUCUGACUAUGGUUUCCUCAUCCUUUUGUGUAUUGUAAGUACACAGUUAAAAGGUAAAAACUCCUUACACUCUCUAGCCUUUACAUAGCCACUGACUUCUGAAGUGAUUUAAAAUGCAGUAAAGAUUUUUACUGUAUGUCAGUUGUCUUAUGGGAAGGUGAAAUAACAGGCUCCAAGGGUCCCAAAUGACCGUCACUGGAUAUAUGUCUGAGGAAGAAAUUAACACUAAAUGUAAUGAAUAUUGCUGUCUUCCUAAAUAUUAUCUUAUGAACCGGUCAGAGCUUAGUUGAAACUGCAGUUGAAACAUAUGUAUUACUGUCUUUAAUUUCACAUUGCUAAUGAAAAUAGAAAAAAAUGUAAUGCAAGUUCAGAAGACCUAGAUAGAGAUCAUUCACCAUUUAAAGGAAAUCUUACUGUCUCUAAUACUGUGGUCUUCCACCACUCUUCCUUCUGUAUGCUCUACUUUCUUUCUACAGACUUCACUUCUUGUAGCUGCAGCCUGUUCAGAGAUGGAGUUUGAUCCAUGCAGAUUAGAAGUGCUGGUGCAUAACAAAACUUUUGCAUUUGCUUGAGUAUUCUGGCCAUACAUAAGUUACAAGCAGUUUUAAUUAAGCUUGUAAUAACUUCCAAUUACACAGUUUCUGCUCCCUUUGAAUGAGGAAAGGUACAGGCAGUGACUGUGGCUUGACUGUAAAAUAUGUUUACAUUAGAGAGACCUUUAUAAAAGUUUGGAGGGAAAAGAAGCAAAUCUGUUAAAAGCUGAUCCAGGUUCUAAAUCUUACAGUCAAAGAAAAACAUGUCUUGAUUUGACUUACAUUACAAUGGUUAAGUUAGAGAUGUCAUCUUUGCCUUACAGCUGUGAACAGAGGCCAGGCCAAAUAGUUCUUCCGUAGCAAUGUUAAUUAACUGAAACCAAUUUCAAAGGCAGGGAUACAUUAGCACUGAAAUCCAGAAAACACACUGCUUCUCUGUCUUGGAAAUGUAUGUUUAUCAAGGUUGUAAUUUAAUUUUCUGAAAAUAAAGCCAAACAGUGUUUGUCAUUUUAGUGUGAGAUUAACUGUAAAGCUUCAGUUGUAAUGUUAAGAGAUUACAGAACCUUAUAUUAUUAAUAAAAUCAGCCUAAACCAG